UGUCUGUCUCCGUCAUCCUUCCGUCACAUCUCUAGCCUGGAUCCCUUGGUUUCCUGCUGCCAGGCGCUGAGCCUGAAGCCUGAAGCUAAUCCAUAUCGCCUGAGAAAGGACAGGCAAAUUCGAGUCACAAGGUAGCCGCUACCCAGGUCGUCAGGCGAAUCUUACUAUUUGGUUUGCGGCAAGUACUUAGCAUCUAAGGUCGCUCCUCAGGGUCGUCCUAAGGCGUACCUUCAAUCAUUGCGCGUGUAUCCGCUGAUAGGCAUUUUAGGGUUUCCGGAGCAGGAAGAACAGGAUGGCUGCUACAGCAGCUAACAGCAAUCUUCCAAGGAGAAUAAUUAAGGAAACUCAACGAUUGUUGAGCGAGCCUGCUCCAGGGAUCAGUGCGUCACCUUCGGAAGAAAACCUUCGUUAUUUCAAUGUCAUGAUCCUGGGUCCCUCUCAGUCUCCUUAUGAGGGUGGAAUAUUCAAGCUCGAGCUGUUCCUUCCUGAAGAGUAUCCCAUGGCUCCUCCGAAGGUCCGUUUCCUUACGAGAAUCUACCACCCGAAUAUCGACAAGCUUGGCCGCAUCUGCUUGGAUAUCUUGAAAGACAAAUGGAGUCCAGCACUUCAGAUUCGAACUGUUCUCUUGAGUAUCCAAGCUCUGCUGAGUGCACCAAAUCCUGAUGAUCCGCUAGCUGACAACGUUGCCAAGCACUGGAAGUCAAACGAGGCAGAGGCAGUUGCCACAGCUAAAGAAUGGACACAAUUGUAUGCAACUGGAGCGUAACAGCCGGAAGAUUGUGUUUCUAGGGUUUACUGCAACCUCGUUAGGGAAUCUAGGCAUGCCAUUAGCAUCAAUGACCAGUUUCAUCAAUAGUGAGAGUUCAUGGAAGCAUACACCCCAGUUUGUGGUGGCAUACACAUACAGUUGCACAAGAUGUGACAGACAGGCUCCUUACCAUCCCUUACUAUUAUCUUUUAUACAUCACAACCUUACCUGUCAAGUGAAGUCAA